AUGAUCGAAACUGAAGCCAAGAUCAACUCAGCUCCAUCAAUGAGCAUCUUGAAGGACCCAGUGUGGGCUGAUCCUAUUAUUGAGAUUGAGGUUCGGAAGAAAGUGGCAGAACGAUUUAGAGAAGAACCAGAGUAUCAUGAGCUGUGUCAGCGGCAUCACCAGCCUCUUAGACAGCAGAAAGGCUGUCCAGUACUAUAUUGCCAGCGCUACAUGAACCAUAUGGCACAGAAGGGCAAGUACCAAAUGACACAUCAGGAUGAGUACCAAAUGACAAACCAACAUCAGUACCAGUUAAGACAAGAAAGCCAGUACCAGCCAACACCACAAAAUCAGUACCAGGCCCCUCAGCAGUACCAAGCCACACAACAAUACCAAGCUCCUGACCAGUACCAAAUACAAAACCAGUACCAUCAGCCCAGUCAGCACCUUCACCAAGCAACCCAGUCCUACCAGCCAGUACCUCAGCAGUACCAACCGCCACCACAAUGGCCCCGGCCGGUGUACCAACAGCCUCAAGUCUAUAUUCCCCAAGCUCAAGGUUCUUAUGUAAAUGGAUGUACAUAUUAUUGUUAG